GCCCAGCAUGGCGGCCGCCGGCGGGUGAUGGACGCCGCGGUCCUCUCGGGCUCCCGGGCCGCCCAGCAUGGCGGAGCGCGGCGGGCCCGCCCCGGCGGCGAAGGCGGCCGCCAGACCCAAGAGCCGCAGGGCGGUCGGGCCGCCGUGUAGGACGUCGCAGCUGAAGCAGCGGCCAGGCGGGAAGGGCGGCGAGGAGCGGAGCGGCGCCAAGGCCUCCCGCCGCCCCUGGCAGGCGGGGCAGCCCACGGCGGCGGCCGCGCUGCUGGCCCGGUGCCUGGCGGCGGGCGUCGUGAGCCAGGAGACGUUGGAUUUAACCUGUAGAAAAGCCCCGUGCUUUGUGAAGUUCUCAGAGAUGGAAAAAAUGGCAAACAUUCAAGCUGAAAUCAGUGAGUUGAAACUGAAAACUGAAAUUCUGCAGCUGGAGAAGGAGACAGCAGACAUCGCUCACCCUUUUUACUUAGGCAAAAAAUGCGAGAUUUUGCAAGAUAUGAACAGACACUUGGAAGCCGUACUGAAAGAGAAGAGAGCUCUUAGGAAGAGGUUAAUAAAGCCCAGAUGUCAAGAGAGCCUGCCUAUUGAGGUUACUUUCCACAAGUAUGUAGUAGAGUUGUUGACUGAGGCUGUGACUUUCAUUGAGAAGCUUGAAAGUCAUUUGCAGACCUUAAGAAGCAUCCCUCAGAUACCGAACAUCAUAAAGAACAUGCUCUUUUCUGCUUCAGGACACUGCUUUGACAAAAACAGAGGUACUUGUGAUGGAGUUGGAAGACCUGGCAGAGCAAAUAUUGACAUGGAGGCAAGUGCAAAAAGAAGUGUAUUCUGACAGCAUCUGCAAUACUGCUGAAUUGGACUUUGACUUACCUUUAACUUGACUUAUUUUAACCUAAUUUUCUCAAAUAGGAUGUCUGUUCAAAGAACUACUACCUUUUUUACAGUCUCAGGUGAAAUCUACAACAUAGUUGUGCCUUAAGCCAAUAGGGACUUUGUAGGUAGUUAUAUUUCUGUUCUUAUGUAACAGUUCUAUGAAAAAGCCCAAGGGAACAAGGGCAAUGAGCAGUAGCUCAUAGGAAAACAACCUACUGAGAAGACUGCUAAGGAGUUCCUUUUUGAAACAGUUGGACAGGAUUCCCUUGGAGUCUGUGUCAUCAAUUCAAAUCUGUUUUGAUAUUUCUUAUGCACUUGUUACAGUGCCUCUAUUCAUUUUUAUAAGUGUCAUGAUAAUACAUUGUAUUUUAUGUCACUAUAAAACUUCAAUAAAAACAUUAGAUUUCAA